AGCACCAGAAGAAAUCCGCACACACCCUCGCGCUUUUCCUCAUCAUCAGCUCGCGCGCCCGAUUAGAUUAGAGCGCUCGAGAAGGCGAAUGAUGUGUUCGGUCUGGCGAGCAACGCAUUUUAAUUUCAGAUUCAACUCGACUGGUUGACUGUGCGGACGCGUCUUGAGAGCAGAGCAAAGAAGUCGUCUCUUGGGAGGCAAAAGCUCAGAUAUAUAUUAAGAUAAAAGUGCCGAAGAGUGAAUUGCAGAGAGAGAGAGAGAGAGAGUGCGUAGCAUAUUUGCAUUGUGUUCUUUUUUUUGAGUAAAUCACGAGUGAGAUAUUUGUGUUGGAAAAUCAGGAACCGCCCACGGAGGGAGAAGAAGAAGUUGAGAUAUUUCCAGGAAAGAGGCAAGCAAAAGUGCGAGGUUUAUAAAUAAAAUAAAGAAAAAACACUGGCGGCAAUGCGAGGAAGAUCUCGGAGUCAGAGCCUAAGCGAGACGAGCAGCUGCAGCUCCGCGGCAGCCAGUGAUCUCGGCCACAAGUUGUCCUCGGCGGCUGUCAUCAGUGACGAUGUGGAGUCGGAUGAGGAGGAGUCCAGCAGUGAGUCGGCCAAGGUGAAUGGCAAGAUGAGCCAGAGGAACGACACUGCGUCCAGCACAACGCAGGAGGAGGACUCGGAUCCCGUGGAGUCGGACUUCAGCGAGGCGGACGCCGAGGAGAUCGAGGAUGAGGAGACGAGUGCCGAGGAGGAGGUGGAGGAGGAGCCCGAGGAGGUUGAGUACACGCUGGAUGACUUCCAGAUGAUUAAGACUAUCGGCACGGGCACAUUCGGGCGCGUCUGUCUGUGUCGAGACAAGACAGACAAUUCCUACUGUGCCAUGAAGAUUCUGGCCAUGUGUGAUGUCAUCCGGCUGAAGCAAGUGGAACACGUUAAGAACGAGAAGAACAUUCUGGCAGAGAUCCAUCAUCCAUUUGUUGUAAAUCUAAAGUGGUACACCAAAGACAACACCAGUCUCUAUAUGCUGUUCGAGUAUGUUUGCGGAGGAGAAUUGUUCACAUACCUGAGGAAUGCUGGCAAAUUCAACAAUUCGACAGCCAACUUCUAUGCCUGCGAGAUCGUGAUGGCGCUCGAAUAUCUUCACUCGCUGUCCAUCGUGUAUCGCGACUUGAAGCCAGAGAAUCUGCUGCUGGAUCGCGACGGACACCUCAAGAUCACGGACUUUGGCUUCGCGAAGAAGCUGAAGGAUCGCACCUGGACACUCUGUGGCACCCCAGAAUACCUCGCGCCAGAGAUCCUGCAGUCGAAAGGACACAACAAAGCCGUCGAUUGGUGGGCUUUGGGUGUUCUCAUUUACGAGAUGCUCGUGGGCUAUCCGCCGUUCUAUGACGACAAUCCGCUUGGCAUCUACGAGAAGAUCCUCAGCGGGAAGGUGGAGUGGCCACGCCAGAUGGACGCCGUGGCGAAGGAUCUCGUGAAGAAGCUGCUGGUGUUGGAUCGCACCAAGAGGAUGGGCAACAUGAAGAAUGGCUCGGACGACGUGAAGAGGCAUCGGUGGUUCAAGCAUCUCGACUGGACGGACGUGUACAACAGGAAAUUGAAGCCUCCAAUUGUGCCACAAGUGCGAUUCGAUGGCGACACAAGCAAUUUUGACGAGUAUCCCGAGGCCGAUGCCAAAAAGACGCGUCUUCCAUCGAGUGCGGAAAGGAAGCUUUUCGACGACUUUUAGUCUCCACAGAUCCACAUCACAGUGUGAUCCACAUUGACUGACACCAUCGAGUCCAGAAGGAGGGCUGAAUUGCCUGGCCGGAUUAUUUAUAGCGCGUGGAUUGAGCAGUUUUUUCUUACGUCUUUUUGAUAUUCUCUAUUUUUGAUGAUGCUUACAUUAUGGAUCAAUUUGUUAACGUCUUUUUUUAGUGAAAAAAAUUUCUCUUCUAUCGUUUUGAAUAGGCGACAAAAAAUGCGUGUGUGCUCAAAAAAAUAUGACGUGAAAUGCAUAAUUAAUAGCUGUAAAUUAUGUAUCUGUGAUAGGAUAAAGGUAGAUUGUUAGGACAUUUUUAGGAUUGUAAGGAGAACAUAUAUGCCGAGAGUCUAGGAUAGAAUCUUAACUGUACAAAUUGAGAUUACAAAAACUCACAAAUAAA